AUGUCCCACACAAAUAUCGAUCAUCGGAGGACCCAUAACCUGCUCCUCAUCUCAAAGCUGCUCAAUCAACGGGAUACCACGUCUCCGUUCACGCUGGUCUUGGAUAAUCUCGAGCAGACGGCCAAGCCGCUUUUACGUGAGUACAUCCGGCGCGCAAAACUGUCAAAAACAACUUCGAUUUUCUUGUCCUUCGAAACUUUUGCUCGACCAAAGGACGUGGAUGUUUUUGUGCAAUGCUUCGGCAAGAAGGCACCUGAUGGAAUACUAAAAGAUGUGCGAAAUGCCCUCAACAAGGCUGAAUCUAGAAGAGUCCUUGUCAUCAUUGAUUCCCUGACAACGCUCUCCUCGAUUUCAGCUGGCCUAGGCUCCGGUUUAAACCUGGUCGCAUUCUUGUCAUCACUGAUUCAGUCGCCACAGGAGUCCCCAUCUCAGGCUCAAGCACAGAGUCAGGUAUCGCUAAUAGCGGUUUAUCACAGUGAUAUUCUGAUUUCCCCUUCUUCAUUACUGGAUCAAACGCAUGCAUAUUGCCCUACUCCGCUUUCACUGCUCUCUUAUCUGGCAACAACGAUCAUACGAACCCACUGUCUGUCAAUUCUCCUCACGGAGAAAGCUGCAAGGUCACGAUCUCUUGCAGCCCCUGCCUUCGGACUUGGUGAGCAGAUGGAAGGCGUCAUUAUCGGACUGAAGCCGAAGGCUUGGAACAGUCGGAAUCUGAAAGCGGACGAGCGAGGAAUGGUCUUGGAGCUGGAGCAUCGACGUAAGAGCGGGCGAGGUGUACUCGAAUGGUAUUUUCUUCCUAACGCGCCCAAGCAUUCGCAAAUUCUUGGUCCACAGGCAUUCCGCGAGGUUGUCACACUGUUAGAUGAUCAUCCCCUCUUCCGUAGAGUGAAGGAAGAAGACAAUUCCGACCAACAGUUGUCAGGCAUGACAUUCGAGCUGGGCUUGACAGAUCGACAAAGACAAGAACGUGAGGGGGUGGUAUUGCCCUACUUCGAUGCACAAAAGUCUGGCGGUGGAGGUGAGGGUGGCAGAAUCCUGUACGAUAUGGGGGUUGAAGAUGACUUUGAUGAGGAAGAAGAUGAGAUAUGA